UUUUUUUCAUGUACAGGAAAGUAGGCGUGUAGUUCUUGUCACCUUCUCUCCGGAAAACGAAACUUAUUCGAAUGUAUUGGUAUAUAUUCAGCACAGAUUGUUCAAUACGGACUACGCAGACACUGAUAUGGCAGCUUAAUGAGUCGGCAAACCGAUAGGGUUCAUCAUGAAGAAGUGCCCUGCUUGUGGUCACAUGCUGGCAGAAUCUUUUAAAUUCUGCAGUGACUGUGGAUGUAAGUUACCUGUCCAAUCCCAAGUUUGCACCUCAGGUAACUGCCAGCUAACCACUGCAGAGCAUCAAACCUCUGCGGUCAGUGAAGCAGAGCCCCAGCAUGAGAAUGAGCCACUGACAUUGUCCGCGAACAAAACUGACACACCUCUAAAACACUCCAGUGAAGAUCCAACGGGCAAUGUCAAGAAAAAGAGUGAAGACUCCCCCAGCAACACUGAGCUGACAACAGACACACAUCAGAAAGAGGAGUCGUCUGGGAGUGAGAGCUGUGCAGCGGUGGAUGUUCCCCCUACAGGAACUCCACCUAAGAACACUGCCACUCCUGCUGCCACUCCAACCGUACCCUCCAAACUUCCAACCUCUCUUAUCCCAUCCCCGUACCAGACAACCACGGAAGACCAACCCGAGGGUCCAUCAAAGGUAAAUGAAAGUGAACCGCUGGACGAGUCAAACACAAGCCAAACCCAACAUAGUUCAGUAAAACAAGACUUGCCUGAGAAGACUGCCUCAUCCACACAUGAGACAACAGAUCAGAACACAGGACCUGCCUCAGUCCCAACUCAACCAGUAAGACAGCUGUCAUAUAAAGAAGCUUUGAUGGGAGAAACCACAGAGACAAGAACAGUAACGAGGAAGCAGAGCGUGGAGAAUCAAGACAAGAGGCUUCCAAGCAAACACAAGGAACCAGAGAAGCAGAGUGAUUAUGGUGGUGGUGAUGCUUCUAAGUCAUCUACUGCUGAUUCCCCACCUGCAAAGGAAGAUAGUCCACCAAACCACAGCAAUGACGAAGACUUCCAGCAGGUGGAAUCCCCCAAAAAUAAGGACAAGCUAAAAAAUCCAACCCAAAUGAGCCCAGAAGGGAGCAAGGAAGCUGGAGUCAUGAAUGAACAACAGACAUCCAGUAACCAGAGUGACAAGUGUACCAAGGAUGAAGCAAACUCACAGCCGUGUGUUGACCAAUCCCAAGUAUCAACUGAUGACCCAACAGAUAAGUCAAACACAAGCCAGGAAGAAACAAAGAACGAAAACACGGAAAAGCAGUCACAGCCUCCCCAAUUCCCAACCAAAGUGCAUCAUGGUCCUGGUAAGGAUAACCUUACCAUUUAUUUUCACGCUGUUGUAUCCAAGCAUUUCAAGUUGGACCCAUCAAAAGACAUAGUUUGUUUGAGAUCAGAAAGUCUUUUUGAGACCUGGGAUACAAAUGGUUUGAAAAUGGAAAUCACAGGGAAUUUAGGAGAGAAUGGAUUUCUUGUUGAAGGACGAAUGGUGACCCCUAAAAAGAAUGUUGGUGUCUCCAUACCUUACAAGUAUGUUGUCUGCAAGAGAAAAGACAACUCAUAUGAGUAUAAAUAUGAGCACAUCUACCUAAAGGAUGCAAAGCAACAUGUCAACAGGUGCCUGGUCGUCAAAGAGGAUCUUUUGACACAUGACGGGGAGUGGCACCAAUAUGAUGAUAUCAUACACACAGAACCUGACCAAAGUUGGAUAUCACGCUGCAAAAACAAGUUUGCAUGGUGGGAUGUCUACAAGGAAAAGGUAGUGACGGGCAGACAGCUGGCUGGAAAGGUGAUGCUGGGAAACAUUUUUAAUCUCCUUCAAACAUGGAGUGACGUGAACAUUAGGAACUUCUUUACUCAACUCCAGCAGUUCUUCACCAAUUACAAAUCCCCCUUCCUCCAUGUGGAUGGUCCAAAGAAAUGGGAUCUGCCGUAUGGAGAAGAACAGGUGAAAACCCUUUUGAUAGAAUUCAUGCAGCAAGCUUUAGAUGGUGGGAACCAAAAGGGGAAUGAGAAGCGUGAGGAUUUUUUCUCUGAUCCUCUGAAAUUAGGAGUUAUUAUCCUUGUUGUCCACAUCAAUUACAGUUUAGAUGUCAGUGGACAUAUUUCUAAACUGUGUGAGUUACUCUGCCUGCCUAAAAAGCCAAGAGAAGUUUUCCUUGCAUACUGGACAGAUUUCAAACAAGGGCUACCAGGUGACAUCAGAGUUUCGGAGGCAAUUGAGACUCUAUUCAACUCUGCAAGAAAACAUGGAGUUGAAAAGUGGAUCUUGGUUAUCCCCCUCCUGCAUCUGCUUAGAGGGGACAGCAAGCCUUUUGAGGCUGCUCCUCUGACCAUGAAUCCAAAAUGUGAUAUCUGGGCAGGAUUGAAAGGGAUCAAAACACCAGAAGGCUACACAGACUCGAUGUUUGAAACACAGGAAUUGAGGGAUUCCAUCCAAAUCAUGGAAAAACACAAGCACCUUGUGGCGAUGGACUGUCUCGUUACUCGCUCUUGGAUGUGUCUGUUGGGGCUGGAUAACUUGUUCAACUAUGCAUCAAUCAUCCCUCUUGAUGUCUUGGACACACUUCAACACCUCCAGUUUAGUCUGACUUCCGGGGAGAACUAUAAAUAUGAGGCUGUGGAGGAUUUGUUGUCACGGCUCUUCAGCAGAGUUAAGGAACAACAGCACAGCCAUGACGACAGAUAUGGAGACUUUUGCCUUAAAGCAGCUGUGAGCCUUCUGGAGACCAUUUGUAAGAAUAUGAAAAGUAAUUUGAACCAUGAGAUUAAUUUGGUUUGCCUGGAUCUUGUCAGUCUGAUUGCAGAAACGGCCUUCCAUCUCCAGACAAAGGAAGUGACAAAUAACCUUUUGGAAAACACGCGCAAAGAGAAGUUAAAGGAGACCAUGGCCAUCAUAAAGGAAUGGCUGCGAUUCACAUUCAAGAACAAAUUGGUUAAAGAUCUCAAUAACAUUGAUUUUGCAUACAUGUAUGAGACUAAGGUCUGGAACAAGCUGAUCUCACUUAAAAUUGGUUCAGAAGAAUUCACCCAAUAUUGGAGAAAUACAUUCUUGAAUGAUUUUGAAGGAAAACUCAAACAGGAAACAUCCAUGCAUCAAAUUGAAAUAUAUAUCAAUAAGAUUGAGGAAGUGAGCAGGACGCUGCCAUUCUUGGAAAACUCAUUGGAGAAAUGCGCUUUGGAAGCAGUCACAGUCAUUUGUCAGGCAAGAUGAAUAACAUCAUUAUUU